AUGAAAAUAAUUAAUUCAUUUGUAUUUAUAUUUGUAUUAUUAUUUGUAUUUAAUACAAAUGCAAUUAAAUUAAGUGAAGAUGAAAAGUAUUCUAUUGAAGAAAAACCAGAAUGGUAUUCAAUCGAUUCAAAUUUUGCAGUUUCACCUGGUAAAAUUUCAGAUGCUUUAGGUUGGGGAUAUUAUAAAAAUGAAAUUUUAAAAGAUGGUUGGGGUAAAUUAUAUGUUGAAAUGAAUAAAUUUAUGACACCAGAAAAUUCAUCAAUUUAUUAUGAAGCAACAGGUUAUUUAGAAGGUUAUUUAACAUGGUCAACCACAUGGAAUUAUAGUCAAGCUUAUUUCCAAAAUUAUAUGAAUGGAACCAAUGAGAGUGAUAUUCCAACACCAUUAGUUGAAUUUUUAAAAAUCAAUUAUGAUUGGAUGACAAGUACAUUCUCAAAUAGAGAUGAAAGUGUAUAUGAUACACAAGUUUCAAAUGUAAUUUAUCAAUUUGAAGGUUUUGCAAGAGGUUAUCAACAAGCAGCAGACUCUGAUAAACAAUUAACAACCCUUCAAUUAUUAUUACUUCAAUAUGCUGGUGAUCUUGAAGAUGUUGCAGGUUAUUUGGAAUAUGAAAUGGCACAAAAUAAAACCGAAUAUAUCAACAGAGUUAAAUCAUUGAAAGAGAUUGAAACUUUGUUUGCAGUAAAAGGUAGAUGCUCAGGUUUAGUUCGUAUAACACCAGACUAUGGUGAAUUAUUCAUCUCUCAUACUACAUGGGGUUCUUACUUUACUGCAGGUUAUAGAAUUUUCAAACGUAUAAUCAUUCCAGAUCCAACUGUACCAGGUAAUGAAAUCUUAUUCGCAUCAUAUGCUGGUGUUUUAACAUCUGAUGAUGACUUUUUCAUGAUACCUUCAACUGAAAUGGUUAUCAUUGAAACUACAAAUGAUAUUUUAAAUACUUCUCUCUAUCAAUAUGUAACUCCAAAUUCUUUAUUAUAUUUUGUACGUUCAAUAAUUGCAAAUCGUCUUUCAAAUACUGCUCAAGAAUGGACAAAUAAUUUUAUUCAAUAUAAUUCUGGUACUUAUUCAAAUCAAUGGAUGAUUGUUGAUUAUAAAUUAUUUACACCAUAUCAACCAUUACAACCAAAUACAUUUUGGAUUAUUGAACAAUUACCAGGUGGUUUUAUGUCGGCUGAUAUGACAGAGGUAUUGGCAUUAGGUAAUUGGCCAUCAUUUAAUAGACCAUUUUUCCCAGAGAUUUAUGAUGCAAUGGGUUAUAGUUAUUAUGAGAAAUUGUAUGGUGAUAUAAUUUCAUACGAUUUAAAUCCACGUUCAAAAAUGUUUAGACGUGAUGUUCCAAAUGUAAUGUCAUUGGAUGGUAUGCAACAAAUUAUGACUCAAAACAACUAUAAAUCGGAUCCAUUCUCUGGUGGUUUCCCUGGUAAUGCAAUUGCUGCUCGUUAUGAUCUUGGUGGUGGUCCUGCUGAACCAUUAAGUUGGAGUUUUAUUGGUUUACAUGGUGCUAUCGAUUCAAAGAUUACCUCUUACUCUUUACUUCAACAAAAUCAAGCUAUCGCUAUCAAUGGUAUGACUGUAACUCCAGAUUGUCCACCUUUCACUUGGAAUUCAAAUUGGAGUACUGUUUCUGCUCAUUAUGGUUCACCCGAAACUUUUGAUUUCGAUUGGAUAUCUAUUACUAUUACUGAUAAAUAA